AUGUCUGAGCCACCCAGCCAAACUCCCGAAAAUUGUGGUCAGACUACCGAGACUGAAUUCUCAGAUAAACCGUCACCAUGGAUGAAUAUGAAAGCUCAGUUCUUCUGGACCAUCGGUCGUGCCAAAUGUCUCCCUAAAGCAUCCUAUGCAGACUUGGAGGGUCAGUCAUCGUUUGCUGACCCGACCACGAGUGGCCAGUUUAAGGGGUGGGCGUGCACGGUGAUGAUAGUAAGGUAUCUGGAGACGCCUGUCGGCCCAUAUGAUGAAAUAUUGUGGAUGCCAGGAUGGUUUGAGGUCCCAGAUAUGGGGAUGAGCAGAGCACGGGUAACGAGGAUCUAUGUUUCCAAAAAGGAGUCAAUUUACAAUGGGCGCAAAAAUUGGAAUAUUCCGAAACAUCUGGCGAACUUUAAAUUUACCCCGUCAGACACGCCAUCUACCAUACCCUAUUCUCGGGUGGAAAUAGCCUUACCAUCUGCCCCAGACCAGCCGUUUGUCACCCUCGACUUCUCCCCCACAACGAUCUUAUCCAAGCCCAGCAUUCCAAUUUCGAGUUCUUGUGUUCCCAUCGACCUUGGCCUUCAGAUGCCCCCUAUUCCAGAAAGCAAAUCUUGGAAAGAGGAUGCUAUGGUUGGGACCAAGGAAUGGCGGCAUGCAAGAGUCGAUAUUUCAGGAUGGGCCAGGGUGAUACAUGUCAAGGGAACUCUCGGAGACGGUAAAUCAUUCCCCGAAAUUCCGGCAGGCGGAUACUGGCUAUAUAUAAAUGAUGCAAAAAUGAACUGUGUGACACUCUAA